GUUUUCUGACGGACGUUUACAUCUAUCAUCAUAAACCUCCCGCUCCCACAAACCUGUAUAUAUACCUACUGCAGGGCGCCUCUGUCAGUCAAACAGCGACAGCGAUCAGAGAACCAUGGCUUUACUCGCUACAUUGGUCACUAUUUUGUUCGUUAGCUCUUCUGUGAACGGUCAGAACCAGUUUUUCCCGUGGAUUUGGAGAGCAUUCCCUACAUGUCCUCAUUUACCGUGCGAACCAAUUCCUUUAAAUGUUGCGGAAUAUUGCAUUGUUCCAGGGCAUCUCAUGUUCCCGGGCUGGUCGAUCUGUAGAAGUUGUGACGUUGUAAACCCAGAAUGCUUAUCUGUAAAUGAAAACCUACUUUUAACACCAACCAGCAACACACCUCCAAUAGGUGGAGCACCUGUCGUGGGAUCCGGGAUCUCCGCACAAAAACCGGGAGUACUUCCAUGUUUGCAUGUCUCGUGUUCAUCUUUCAAGUCUCUGAACAGCUCAUGCAAGAAAGAGGGACCAGUUAUUGAAUUCAAUGGGGCUCAAUGUAGAGACUGUGAUACCAUCGAUCCUUUCUGCGAAGGCUUGAACCUGGACAUUUGUCAGAACCACAUUGUGGACUGCACGGGGGUCCCUAAGUCGACACCAAAACAAUGUAUUGACCAGAGUGUCAUUCAGUACAACAACCAACCUUGCUUGUCGUGUCCAUUCCUAAAAACGUCAGAACCAGGGUGUGACGCAGCGGAAUUCAGGCGGUGUCCCGGGCUACCCUGCUCAGAUACGUCCAAAAUACCAAAAUCAUGUCUUAAGGAAGGCCGGAUGGUUAUUCUUGGUUCAUCUCAAUGCCAGCUCUGUCCGGAAGUAGAUCAAUUCUGUCCGGAUCUGAACUUGAAUGUCUGUCCUCAUCAGUCUUCCGGGUGUGUUAACCUUGAUGCGAGAACUCCCAAGGAAUGCAUUGAUCAAGAAGUAAUUGUGUACGAGAACAACCAUUGUCUGACCUGUCCUAAGCUUAAACCCUCCGCCACCUGUAGACAAUACAUUCCUACAGGUGGUCAACAAGUCCAGCUCUGUCCAGAAUCUUUCUGCCCACCGCUUACUGGAAUCCCUCAGAAUUGCAUUACACAAGGAGAAAUGUCCAGUGUUGAAGGCGUACCUUGCAGGAAGUGUCCGGUGAUCGAUCCAUUCUGUCCUGGUCUUAAUCUACAAAUCUGCCGGAAUCAUAUCCUAGAUUGCUGGGGAGCUCCAAGAAACGCCCCAAAUAGGUGCAAGUCUCAAUCGGUCAUUUCCUUUGAAAAUAGUGCAUGUCUAACGUGUCCCUACUUCAAAACCGAGGAAUCGGGAUGUAUAGAGGAAACCUACAACAUGUGCCCAGGAAUCCAAUGUCCUGAGGUAAAAGGGGUACCCUACCGCUGUUUACGGGAGAAGAGGCCCGUGGGAACACAGUGCUCAACAGAAUGUCCGUCCAAACUUGCGAUUCCCGGAUGUCCAAUGGCGCCAAGGCCGCCGCAACUUCCAUCCGCAACAUCUGCUCCAGAAACACCAAGGCCACCCUUCAACCCACAGCUCUGUCCAGCUCUUAUGUGUCCGGACCUUCCCAUUGGUACACGCCAAUCCUGUCUAAGGCCCGGUGUAAUUGCCGGUCUGAACGGUCAGGAAUGUCCAGGAUGCCCACAGAUUGACCCUGCCUGCCAACAAGAAAAGCAAAUACAGAUCUGUGAAAAUCUCCGCCCCACAUGCAGACCGAUUCCACGGGGAUUUCCCGCCAGGUGUUACGAACAAGCAACCACCUCUUACAAUGGACAAAGGUGUUUGACGUGUCCAGAUAUUCUACCCUUCUGUCUGAGGUCGAAUCCCUUGAACUAAACUUGUGAUUGUGCUGGCACUUCACUAUCUUGAGAAAUCCAAUGCUUGUGUAUAUAUUUCUGUAGUUGGUUCAUCCUUGCAUCUUUCAUUGUAUAUUACAAAUCAUAAACUUACAUUUCAUUUUUAUUUUGUGGUAAAUUUUGUAGUAUUUAUUUACAUGUUUAUCUUACAUAUACAAUAUGAUUUUUUGUGAUAUAGAAAAUGAAACAAAUAAAACAAUGAAAUCUUA